UUUAGUGAGGCUUGGAUCAUCUAGCUGUAUUAAUACUGUGAACAAUUAAAUUUCUAAAAACUGCUGUUGUGAUGUUGUUGUUGUGUUGUGAAUUUAGAAAUCUAUAAUAUAUGAUGUGAACUAUACUCAGUAUAUGUGAACUAUAAAAGUGAUCUUAUGCAUGAUCUUUCAAUUGGUGAGGAGUUUCCACACAAGCUUUGGUUGCCGCGCUGCAGAAUCUUCAUUGUUGGCUAAAUUAAGAAAGAAAACAGGAUACACUAUUGCUAACUGCAAGAAAGCCUUGGAAAUGCACAACAAUGAUACUGAUAAGGCUGAAGCGUGGCUGAAUGACCAAGCACAAGCCAUGGGUUGGGCGAAAGCAACAAAACUAGCUGGAAGAAAAGCACUUCAAGGGCUUGUUGCUGUUAAAUUUGAUAAGAACCAUGGAGCUCUUGUAGAACUGAACUGUGAAACUGACUUUGUGGCUAAGAAUGAAAAGUUCCACAAAAUGAUGGAAGAUGCUACUCUUGCUUGCUACAAAUUUGCCCACACACACAUGCAAGCUAAAGGACCAAUUACAAAAAUGGAGUUGGACAGUGAACAAUUGGGGAAUCUAAGUAUAGAUGGUAAAAAACUAUCAGAAAUUAUGGCUCUCUUUAUCGGUUCAGUGGGCGAGAAUGCCGUGCUCAGGCGUGCGGAGUGUUGGAAAGCAAACAGUGAUGACGUAAAAAUAUCUGCUUAUACUCACCCAGCUCCAGCUGUAUCUGGAGACUAUUCAGCUGGGAAAUAUGGCGCGCUCUUAGCGUACAAGCAACCAAAUGAUGUAGACGAUAUCGGACGACAAUUGUGCCAACAUAUUGUGGGUUGUGCGCCCUUGAAGAUCGGUAACAAAGAUAAAGACACCCAAGCUAAAAAUUCAGACGACGAAACGUGUUUGAUUUAUCAGGAAUAUUUAUUAGAUCCUUCCUACACGGUUCUAGAAAUUAUGGAGCAGAACAAAGUUGAAAUUAUUGAUUAUGUUCGAUUUUCUUGUGGUGAAUCAGAAGAGGUGGCUAUGCCUGGUGUAGAAAAACAACCCUUGGAUACUGUUCAAACAUUACAGUAGUGGUAGAAAUUAAUAAAUAAUUACACAUUGUUGUUUAAAUACAUAGAUAUUUAUUUGCAUUUAACU